AUGCCUAGCAACCACCUUUCCGUUGCAAUCGGCUGGAAGACCUUCGACGGUUUAGCAGUGGUUGAUUGGACUAGCGACGACAGGGGAUACGAUAGUCCACUCGUGGCAGACCAGCCAAUUAUUGGUCGUCAACACCAACAACAGCCAAUGAAAGAAUGGGGUGAGUCAUUGACAUCGGAUCAACCCGUGAGCGAGUUUCGCAGACCAAAAUCGCUGGUUAGGAGAUGGACUGUCAAACCUGAUCAACACAGGAAAAUCACGUUGCUAGGGGGCGAAUCCCAUCAACACGACGAAAUGUCAUUCUGCAGAUUUUCCAAGCGAUCGGCCAUUGUGACCGGCGUGCUAACCACGAUCGUACUCCUGAUCGCGCUUGUUCUCCUCAUUCUCAUUGGCGUCUUCGACAUUCUUGUGGACAACAUGAUUGCCAAGAGCGUUGCCAUAACGCCAUCGUCAUCGGUUUGCGAGAACUGGGUGGCCCCUGAUACCCCCAUCUUCUUUUCCAUCUACCUCUUCAACAUAACCAACCACCAUGACAUACUUCGUGGCGAAAAACCGCGUAUUCAACAGAUCGGACCCUACGUCUACAGGUAA